CCUCCUUCCUUCCGUCGUACGACGUGCUGGCUACUUCGCAGAAACCAACCGAAAACCGCCGGACGCAGCAACGCCCUAAGCAUAGCUAAGCCAGCCACGACGCCUGCAAUUACCUGUACUUUGGUUGGCAUCCAUGGAGAGGCUGCUUCCUUCCUAGAAGCUCAUGGACUCCUUCCUCCCCCGUCACCACUCGCCGCCCGCUUAUUUAAGCACCCACCCACCAUUCUCCUCUCAUUCUCAUUCUCCAUUCACCACUGUUGCAUUGCAAGCCGGCCGGCUGUCUCCUUGAUCCUCCUCCGUUUUUCGCCGUCGACGUGGAUCGGGUGCGGCAUGGGCGCCGACAAGGGGAGCACCUCGGUGCAGUUUGACGACUUCCUGCCGUCGAUGGCGAGGAAGCUCGGCGCGGAGGGGCUGAUCCAGGAGCUCUGCAAGGGGUUCCAGCUGCUCAUGGACCCCAGGGCCGGCAGGAUCACCUUCCAGAGCCUCAAGAGGAACGCGGCCAGGCUGGGGCUCGGCGAGCUCCAGGACGACGAGCUCCAGGAGAUGAUGAGGGAGGGGGACAUGGACGGGGACGGCGCCCUGGAUCAGACCGAGUUCUGCAUUCUCAUGGUCAGGCUGAGCCCUGAGCUCAUGGAGCAAGAGUCGCAUAGGAUGUUUGAGUGUUGAUGUAACUUGACUUUUGUUACUUGCAUACAAUAGAACAUACUGAUUGCCACUGA